AUGGCAAUGAACAGCCCCGGACCUUAUAUGAAAGCACCAAAAAGUCCAAGGCAGCUUCCGCAGCUGCCAAUAUCAGGCCAAAGGAGUCCAAUAGCAGGUUCCAGGUCCCCCAGUACACCCAGGGUUUUUGAAUUUCCCCCUGAUUUUAAUCAGGAAACAAUGAGUACAACCUUUAAUUUUGAAGACUUUGUUCAGGCUGCAGUGUCAAAAAGUUCUCAGGACUUAUCAGGAGCCAAAAGUCCAAGUUGUAGUGGACUUUCAGGUACGAAAAGUCUGAAAGGCAAGUUUCCAUCCUCGCCUUCUCAAGAAUCAUCAGUUUUCCAAUUCUGCAAUCCAAGAAAAGGUAUUAAUAAGAUGAUGAGUUACCCUCCUAAGAGUCCAAUUUCUCCAGGACUAACACAUAGGUCACCGAGCUCCUUGAGCUUUGGUCCAAAAAAUCCAAAGUUAAUUGAUAAAAGGAGGAAUUCCUGUUUCACUUUUGGACCCAAGAGUCCCAUGUCACCUACGAUUGUUACGACUUUUGGACAACGUUCGACGAGUCCUGGGUACGAGAUGGAAUCCAAAUGUGGAAGGGAUUUUGGAAAAGGUGGUACACUUUGUGGACCAGGGAAACGUUUUGGAUCCUUGCGUGAGAAAGACAGGGAGAGUUUGAAGAAGACGCGAGGCAAGCUGGGUUCUCAAUUUAAUAAGAGUCAAGGCUUUUUGAAUGAAAAAACAAAUGAGGAAAAAGUUGGACCAGUAACAAAGGAAAGAAACAUUGCAAGGAAGUCCACGAGUGAUCUUACAGAACUGGGGGAUGCGGAGACGGAAGUGACAAUCCUUUCUAGUCCUAGGCGAAGAGGAUCGAUGAAGGGGGGACUUGCUUACCUUGCAUCCCGUCGGGGAUCACGUGACAGUCAGGUUUCCAAUUUAUCUAACGUCAGCAAUGAGGAUGUUGGUCCGUUGAAUUUCAGCGCACAUCCUCGUGGUCGUCAACGGAGGACAUCCAAUUUCCUCGAAUUACCAGUGCCGGAUCACAUAAGGCCACGAGUGCACAGUUUACCGGAAAAGGCAUAUAAUCCAAGAGCAGGGGAUGAUUUGUAUAGACUGAGAGCAUUCAGCAUCACGCACAAGGGAGUCGUAAAUCGUGGAGAUUCCAUCAUUUCCAGACGUAGUAGGAGCAACACUUCCGUUAAUAGUAGUCGAAAUAGCAAUGUUUCUGGUGAGAGAUCUCCUUUCGAAGGAUCUUGCUGUAGUGGACAAGGUGUCGCUAUUGACAGUACCGAGAGUGAUAUAGAGGAUGUUACGAAGUACAGGGUUGUACUUCUUGGCGAUUCAGGGGUUGGAAAAACGGCUCUUGUUUCUCAGUUCAUGACCAGCGAAUAUAUGAAUACCUACGAUGCAAGCUUAGAUGACGAGUUUGGGGAGAAAACGGUGUCAAUUUUGCUCGAUGGGGAAGAGUCUGAAAUGAUCUUUAUUGAUCACCCCCACGUGGAGAUGAGUGUGGAAAAUUCUCUCUCAACUUACGAGCCACAUGCCUGUAUCGUGGUCUAUUCGAUAGUAUCACGUCCCAGUUUCCAGGUUGCAGAAGAAAUGUUAAAUUAUCUCUGGAGAGAACACUAUACAAAGGACCGCUCUGUUAUUGUAGUGGGGAACAAGUCGGACCUCGCCAGGAGUCGAGUUAUUUCUCCCAGUGAGGGUAAACAGUUGGCAACAUCUCGGGAGUGCAAAUUCAUAGAAACUUCCAGUGGUAUUCAGCACAACGUCGAUGAACUUUUGGUCGGAGUUUUGAAACAAAUUCGUUUACGAGAGACUCGGGACAAGAAAUUACGCCGGCAAGGCAGCAAAAGUAAAAUUCUGUCAAAACUUCACGGAAGCAAGACAGCUCUGAGUUUGAAUCUCGCCAGAGAAAUUCUAAACAAAAUGUGUUUGAAUGACAGCAAAAGUAAAAGCUGCGAAAACCUACAUGUUUUAUAAAAAAAAUCUUAUUUUCUACUUACGAUUUAAGACUUUUAAAGUAUAUUUUUAAUUAUAUUGAAGUAAUACUUGAAAUUUGGUUUCAAUGCAAAAAGUGGUCUCAAUGCAAAUUUCGAAUUUUCUAGGAAUUACCCGUAUACAUCACAAAAAUAUUUGUGAAAAAAGUUACAAAAAUCUUGUAUACAUUUCAGAGCCAAAUGUUUAAUAAAAAAAAUAGGACCUUCCAUCUUAAGUAGAUGCCCAGUAAUGAUCAUUAAAAGAA